AUGGCUCUGUUAACGAAACGUGAUCAGCCGAUGGACGACGGUCUCUGGCCGCCGGUGGAAUCCAAGAAGGGCAAAUUUGUGGCGGGACCAUCUUUUGGAGCUCCGCCACCCCGUGUGGGUCUCAACCCCGCGGACUGUGACUUAGAUUUCAAUAUUGAAGAUGAUGGACUACAUGGUUGGGCUCUCUGUGAGAAGGGAUUUGCAUAUUGUUGGUCUGCUGCCCGGGCUAAUGUGGGAAUUUUUGGUGGCAAGUAUUGUUUUGGGUGCAAAAUCGUAGCACACCAGCCUGUCGAAAUGGAUGACACACCCCGCGACCUGCAACAUUUGUGCCGGGUUGGCGUCUCCCUUGGAGAUGAUGCUCUGGGAAGUCUGGGGGGGAAUCGAAGCAGCUUUGGUUUCGGUGGCGCCGGAGAGCUUCCUAAUUCCGGAAGCUGUCCAGGUUACUUGGAGAAGUUUAUGCCUGGUGACACUAUAAUUUGCUGUGUGGACCUUAAUAGCAUACCUGCUGUAGUUUGCUUUGCUAAAAAUGGACAAUUCUCAGGAAUAGCAAAGCAAUUUGAUGCAGGUGCUUGUGGCCUUGGAGUGGCACCAACACAGAAUUUAGCGCUAUUUCCUCAUAUUUGGCUGAAAAAUGUUGUAGUUCAGAUGCAAUUUUCUGCUCAAGAUGGAUUAGUUAUACCAGAAGGCUAUAGACCUUGGUCCUCCGCUUUCGAGGAUGGCAAGGGGAUUCUAGGACCUGUUUUCCCAAACCUAAUUGAUUGUGAAGUUAUUAUGAUGGUUGGACUACCUGCUUCAGGUAAGUCUACUUGGGCAGAGAAUUGGGUGAAGGGUCAUCCAGAAAAGCGAUAUGUUUUGCUUGGAACAAAUUUAGCACUGGAUAAGAUGAAGGUUAGGGAUCUAAAAUUUUCAUUCUCUAAAAAUUCUUAUAGUUCUUUACAUUUGAACAAAGAUGGUGAACGAUUUGAAUGGUUGAUGGACCGUGCUACCAAAAUAUUCAACACUCUUUUGUCCAGAGCUUCCAAGAUGCCUCGUAAUGUCAUAAUUGAUGAACCAAAUGUCUUCUUGAAUUCCCGUAGACGUAGAAUGAAGCCAUUUGCAGACUAUCAAAAAAUUGCAGUUGUAGUUUUUCCAAAACUCGAGGAACUCAAGGAGCGUGCUGAGAAAAGGUUCCAGAGACUGGGAAAUGAAGUUCCAGCUGAGACAGUAAACAAAAUGUUAGUGGAUUAUACUUUGCCUUUGACCAAGGAUAUGCCUUAUACAGAUGAGUAUUUUGAUGAGCUCAACCGAAUUGAGUCCGAGAUAUGCUUAAGUCAGAUGAAGAGAGAUCCAACUUUGUAUGGGACAAUAUACUGCAAAACUGGCAGAGGCUUCGGAUAUGGGGCAAAUUCAUACUUCAUUCAAACUCCAUCUGAAGCCCUUUCUAGAAACACUUUCUCAAACCCUCCAGGGUACCAUCUUCAAUACGGUGGAAAUGAUGCUGAAAGGAGAUUUGCUCUCACCGGAAGUAUGACUGAGCAACCUUGGGGCUAUAGACCUGGAGAUACAUUCACUUCCGCUGAUAACAGAUCUCGAAUGAAUGAGCCAUAUGGAUAUAUGAAUCCAGCUCCUUAUCAACCACGGUAUCCAUAUGCCAGUCAGUUCCCAGGUGGACAGCCUCAGCCUUUCACUGCUAGGCCUGGUUACCCUGCAGAACCUUAUGAUCCUCUCCAUGGGAGUCCAAUUCCAAGGCCUCCAUAUGGGAAUGCCUUUCCUGAUGGGGAUGUAGGGGGGAGGGGCUUUGGUCGCGGUUAG